AUGCAACUCCCUCUGGAAAUGCAAAGAAGUUACAUGGGAAACAAUCUGAACACAAAAAUGGUGGGUGCUGAAAAUGAUAAUCACGAUCGUAAGGAAUUAAGCAUUAAAAAAAAUAUGGAUAACAAUCGACAGAAUGGAGAGUUAAUUUCUGCAGAGAACAAUGAGGGAAGAAAUGUAAACGCAGAAAUUGACAGACAAAGGAAAAAAUAUCAACCAUCACGUCUAGAAUCAUUUUUUGCAAUAACAAAAUCGUUAAUUAUACGUGCUCUCAUCAUUUAUUGUAUCAGUCAUCUAUUCAGACGACUUCAAAUUAACAAUUCCCAAUUUCCUGGUGUUAUAAAUCCAGCACAUUCGCAAGCUGUAAAUAUAUUUGAGAAUGGGACAUUAUUUGAUAUGCAUGUUUAUUUAUCAGAAUCAGAGGAUUUUAGGCAAUUUGAUGAUCCAAGAACUUUAGUAUGGUUAGAACAAGGAUUAAUAUAUGGAGAUUGGUACAGUGGACCAUUUAAAGAUGGAUCAAAGAUUAAAAAUUAUAAAUUUGUUCCAUCGGAUCAAUUAAAAAAUAAUGGAUCCAUAUACCUUCAUGUAUAUGUUGCUAAAAGUGGAAAGUCUCCAAAUCCCAAAGUUGGAAAAAAUAAUUACGCAGGAGAUUAUAUGUCAUACACUAGAAAAAUGUUAAAUAAAUUCAAAAAAGUUAGAUAUCAGAAAAAACACAAUCUCUUAACUGGUGAAACUACUGCAACUAAAGAAGAAAUUGAGAAAGCUGAAUUAAUGAAUCAAGAAUAUUUAUCACAUUGGCAUCCAAAUUUAACUAUUAAUUUAGUAACAGAUCAUACUAAUUGGGUGUAUGGUCAAGUAGCUUCACCUUUAGAUACAUGUGAGUUUCUGCUGAAUACUUUUAAAUUUUUAUAUGUAUAUAAUUAAAAUAUAUAUUAUUUUUUAAUAGAUAUCCACUUUCUACCUGGUGAGAAAUUCUAUAAGCCCGUAA